GAGCAGCGCAGGCCAUCGUUACACCAUACAACUAUUACAGACCAAUCCACCUGUGUUUCACCUUAGACUGGAUACUAAAAACACCAAUGAAUUUUUUUGCCCGAUAGUGACAAUAAUUUGAAGUGAAACAUGGCGAAAAAUCAGGAGGCGAGAAAGCGGAAACAUAACUCAAGAAAUGGGAGCAGUGGUCGAGGAAAUGGAGUUGACACAGCGAAGUUGAAUGGGAAAGCAAAGCCCAAAACAGUAGAUGAGACACCGGGUUGGCAGAAGACUCUGGGUGCUCUUGUUAUCAUCACUGGGGUGAUUGCUGCUGCUUUCAUGACAGGAGUCAUAAGAAUAGACAGGAAUAUAGAUAACGAUGCAGAGCAGAAUCAUACUCAGGAGGCCAAUUCUAAUGUUGCAGAUAUCAAAGAUUCGAAGUCCAACAAGACUACUGUAUUAUUUACCCAGACGGAGCAUAACAAUCUAACGAGUGAAACUCCCGAGUCAGAUCUCAAAACUGAGCAUCAUAGAGAUAAGGAUAAAAAGUCCAACAGUGACACAGAAAUAGACUAUAAAAAGGUCAUAAAUUCAGAGAGCAUAGCACAUGCUCCCAUUCAAAGAUUUACAGAAAGUUAUGCUGAUGUGACCAAAGAAGUAAGUGAUGUUGAGGAAAAGGAAGACAAGCUUGAUUUUCAAGCGGAGGCUGCUUUUGGAGCAAAGAGGGACAUUUUGGAAGAGAGGGUUGAUGAGGAAAAACAGCCCGUACCUGCUCCUGGGAAUCUGCAGACGGAGGAUCCGGCCAAGUCCUUUACAGGAAAGGAGGCUACUGUGACAGAGACCGAUUUUCCAAAGGGUAAAAUGGUCACUCCAAAAAGAACUCCAAGGUCUACUGAAAACACCAAAGAAUCCAAAAGCAAACCACCUGGUAAAGCCGAUGAAGGUUCUUUAAAACAUGCUGAUGUGUUAAGGCCUCCAAAACCCCAGGAGACAUUACGAGUUGAAGAGACUGCACCUGAUAGAUUAGAGUCAAAAUCUGGUGGUGAACAAGAUGUUCCAUCACUGAUAGAGGUUGGUGAAGCUGCAGAACGGAAAAUAGGAAAGGCUGAUAGUGUGAGACCUUCACCACCAAAGGAAAUGAAACAACCUGAAAAGACAAGGACUGAGAGUAAAGAUCAUCCGACUAAGGACAGGAAAAAAGCAAAGGUGUCUCCAAGAAAAGUUGAUGGUGUGCACCCUCCUGCACCACUUGAGGUCAGAAGUUCUCCAAGAAAGGAUGACAGUGUAAAGCCACCACCACCAGUUGAAAAGGACAUGAAGAAACAAUCUUCAAGAAAGUCUGAUGAUGUGAGCCCUUCAUUACCACAAAAUGGCAGAGAAAGACUUGAAGAGUCUCCAAGAAAGACUUCCCGUGUGAGGCCACCACCACCAGUGGAUGACAGAGAAGGGGUCAAAAAGUAUGCACGAAAGGCUGUCAGUGUGAGCCCACUACCUCCACAAGAGGAGAGGGGGAAAUCCAAAGAGCUUUCAAGGAAAACUGAUGGUGGCAGGACUCCUCCGCCUCUUGAGACAAGACAACGUGAAGAGGAAAGGAUCAUGGGGAACUCUGAUCAAGCUAGGGACAGAAAAAGCGACAGUCCUCCACCACCCCCACCACCAGCACAGGAGACAACACAGCCUGAAGCAGAAAGGGCCAUGGGGAAAUCUGAUCAGGCUACGGACAGGAAAAGUGACAGUCCUCCACCACCCCCACCACCAGCACAGGAGACAACACAACCUGAAGCAGAAAGGGCCAUGGGGAACUCUGAUCAAGCUAGGGACAGGAAAAGUGACAGUCCUCCACCACCCCCACCACAGGAGAUAACACAACCUGAAGCAGAAAGGGCCAUGGGGAACUCUGAUCAGGCUACGGACAGGAAAAGUGGCAGACCUCCACCACCCCCACCACCAGCACAGGAGACAACACAACCUGAAGCAGAAAGGGCCAUGGGGAACUCUGUUCAAGCUAGGGACAGGAAAAGUGACAGACCUCCCCCACCACCAGCACAGGAGACAACACAACCUGAAGCAGAAAGGGCCAUGGGGAAUUCUGAUCAGGCUAUGGACAGGAAAAGUGACAGACCUCCACCACCCCCACCACCAGCACAGGAGACAACACAACCUGAAGCAGAAAGGGCCAUGGGGAACUCUGUUCAAGCUAGGGACAGGAAAAGUGACAGGCCUCCACCACCCCCACCACCAGCACAGGAGAUAACACAACCUGAAGCAGAAAGGGCCAUGGGGAACUCUGAUCAGGCUACGGACAGGAAAAGUGACAGACCUCCACCACCCCCACCACCAGCACAGGAGACAACACAACCUGAAGCAGAUAGGGCCAUGAGGAACUCUGAUCAAGCUAAGGACUUGAAAAGCAAAAGUCCUCCACCACCAGCACAGGAGACAACACAGCCUGAAGCAGAUAGGGCCAUCAAGAAAGAAGAGCACCCUGUGGAUAGGUCAGAUACAUCUAAAGUAAGAGAGAACAUCAGUAUAAAAGCUGAAAAUAAGAAACCAAUUCAGAAGUCAGCCUUAGAAACACUUCUUGAGGAAACAGAAGGCCUUAUCCAAAAGAACAAAAAAGAUCAAGCUCUGUACAAGUACGAGGACAUCAUCAAACGGUUCCCAAACAGCGCAAAGGCUCUGAUGGCAAAGGCUCAACUCCUUGACAUGUUAGCAGAGGAGAGGAGGAGCAAUGAUCUACUUGAUGGAGCGAUCCAGUCAUAUAGACAAGCAGCUGAUGCACCACAUUGCCCCAGAGAUAUCAAGCGAGCUGCCCUUGCAAGAAUGGGAGACAGACUGUCUUUCUUUGGAAAGUCAUCAAGAUCCAUCCAAGUGUACCUGGAACUUGUGAAAGAAUUCCCAGAUGAUUAUGAAGCCAAGAAAAGCCUCGCUGUCCAGUAUCUCAUCGCUGGGAAAAAUAAGAGAGCCAAGCAUUACUUUGAGGAGAUGGUAGAGAGAAAUCCAACAGAUGGCUUUGCAUUGGUCCACCUGGGGUUCAUCUUGAAAUCGGAAGAGAAUUACCUUGAAGCAAUCCCACUCUUGAGGGCAGGCAUCGAUACCGGUGAUCGGGAAACCAACGAGGGAAAAUUCUUCUUCCACUUGGGGGAAUCCUUCUUAAGGACUGGUCAGAUUGAAGAGUCCUACAAGAUAUAUGAUGAGGCAGUUAGCAGGGGUCAUUUCAGGUCAAGGUAUCAAAGGUCACUUUACAACGUCGACUCGCUGAGGGGAAGACAAUUCUGGACUCCAAGAGAGGCAGGGUUUGCUGAAGCAGCGAAGAUAUUAGAAAGUAAUUGGGAGACAAUUCGAGAUGAGGCCGUAGCCUUGCUUAGCACGGAUGGAUUCUUUAGGAAUGAAGAAGAAAAACUCAGGGAAACGGGUGACUGGAAGCAAUUUACAUUAUUUGCGAAAGGAAGUAAAGAUCAAGGGAACUGCCGACAAGCCCCUCGCACCUGUGAGAUAUUUGAUUCAAUCCCUCAAUCAAAAAAUUGUAGAAGAGGCCAGGUGAAGUUUUCAGUAAUGCAUCCUGGUACCCAUGUCUGGCCCCAUUGUGGUCCCACAAACUGUAGAUUAAGGUCUCACCUUGGACUGAUAAUACCACAACCUGUCAGGUUACGAGUGGGCAACUCUACAAGAACGUGGGAGGAAGGAAAACUCUUUAUAUUUGACGAUUCCUUUGAACACGAGGUGUGGCAAGAAGCGGAUAGCCUGAGAUUGAUCCUCAUAGCAGACCUGUGGCAUCCGGACCUCACAGAGUCUGAGAAGAGAAAACUUACACCAAUAUGAACUUGUGGAACUGAAGCGAUGUGAGUGUGUGUGCAUUGAAGACAUCAAAGUCAGUAUAUGGGCACAUAGAUAAUUCAGGAAGAGAAACAAACACCUUGCAUGCCAUCGUCUCUUCAGACCCAUUUUUUAAGGGAAAUCUGCCCAGUUACUGUUGUAAUUUCUUUCAAGGGUAAUACAAUAGUAAUACUUGGGAGUUAUGCUGCUAAUGGUCAAAGCCACAGGGUUUUGAAAUGAGUGUUAUAUCCUAUGUCUUUUGAGCCAUUAAUUACAAUCAAUUAAUUCAUUCCAGUCACUUUGUUCGAUUUGUUAAGCGUACCCAUUUCUUCUAAACCUUGUUACAUAAUACUUUCUAUUUAUGGUAACAGUCAGAAACCAGCGCUGACAAAUAUAUUGAAACUAAGGCUAGUUUUCUCCCUUUCCCGUAGACUUAAUACAUAAUACUUGAUAAGUAGAUACUUUUAAUACUUACGGUAAUACUUAACACCACAUGGAUUUCCAUAGAGUUACGAUUGAUUGGAUCAAUCAUAACUCUUUGUAGGACGGGGCCCAGAUGUUCUGAGUUGGUUGACUGCGAAAAAAAUGUUCAAAAUCUUGACUUCCAGGAGAGUUUUUACAAAGAGUUAUGUCUUGAUUUCAGGUGAUGUGGCAAACUAUCACUCCCUUGGCAAGCUGGAUGUAUGGAAAGAUCCAGCUUGCCUCGCAAGUGAUAGUUUGCACAUUAUCAGUGAUUAUUUUCUUAUCAUCCACACGAAAACAAGUUGUAGGACAUUCAAAUUCUUAUGUACCUGGUGGGUGUUUCAUAAAGCUGUUCGUAAGUUAAGAGCGACUUUAAGAACGACUGCAAAACCCUCGCCAAUGAAGGUUUAUGUUAAUAUUAUUUACCCCAAGAAAGUAUCACCAGUCGUUCUUAAAGUCCCUCUUAACCUACGAACAGCUUUAUGAAACGGUCCCCAGAAUACAUAUCGUAUUAAAUGGAUGGUCUGGGCUGAAAAUAUUAAUAUCUAAAUAAAUAGAAUAAAAUUCAGAGGUGGGCUGAUGACAUCACAUCUC